UUCAUUCCCACUCGAGUGCAAUUCGUGAACGGUCGUUCUCUCCUCUCUAUCUGUCUCGAAGCAAAGGCAAUAGCAGAAAUCAAACUUAACUUUUGUGCGCGCAUGCGUCUCGUCUCAGAAAAACCUGCAAUCAGAAAUCUCGAAUCGUGAAAAUCCUUUCCUGCCAUACCAAAAAAGAGCCGGACAAAGCAAAGCGUUCGAUUGCCUUCUGCCGAUUUGAGCAGGUGUGAGAAGUAAAAUUUCUGGCCAAAAUAUUCCCAGAUAUAUAUAUUCGAAUUUCGAAUUGGCGAAGUGAAGGGUGUGACGACAGACACGCACACAAACGCACACGAACGCACUGAAAAAACACCGGCUAAAAGGUAGACAAAAAGGAGACGAGAGAGCGAGUGCUAAAUAGAAAACGAAAAGAAAAACAGGAUAAUAACCAACAACCUAAUACUUUAAAACAAGCGACUAAGUGACAUCUCGAUCUCGCCGAGAAACAACAACAACAACUGUAAAACCACAACAACAAAAGCACCAUAAACAACACCGAAGGCAGAGCAGCAGCAAAGAGCGAAGAGCCAAAAAGAAGGAGCAGCAAAAGCAAAGAAACCAUAAAAUUGUUCUUUCUCUGAAACGAAGCCGGAAUCCGGAAACAGCCCCAAGAUUGCUCCCAUCAGCACCAUGAACGGCCAAGGCUGCGAGCUGGGCCACAGCAACGGCGACAUCAUCUCACAGAACCAACAGAAGGGAUGGUGGACCAUCGGCCUGAUCAAUGGCCAGCACAAGUACAUGACCGCCGAGACCUUCGGGUUCAAGCUCAAUGCCAAUGGCGCCAGUCUGAAGAAGAAGCAGCUGUGGACACUGGAACCCUCGAACACCGGUGAAAGUAUUAUCUACUUACGAUCUCAUCUGAACAAGUACCUUUCGGUCGAUCAGUUUGGCAACGUGCUGUGCGAGAGCGAGGAGCGGGAUGCGGGCAGCCGCUUCCAGAUCAGCAUCAGUGAGGACGGCAGCGGUCGUUGGGCGCUGAAGAACGAGUCGCGCGGCUACUUCCUUGGCGGGACUCCGGACAAACUGGUCUGCACAGCCAAGACGCCCGGCGCUAGUGAGUUCUGGACUGUCCAUUUGGCUGCCCGGCCGCAGGUGAAUCUGCGUUCGAUUGGGCGCAAGCGUUUUGCCCAUCUAUCGGAGUCGCAGGAUGAGAUCCACGUCGACGCCAACAUUCCGUGGGGCGAGGAUACGCUCUUUACGUUGGAGUUCCGUGCCGAAGAAGGCGGUCGUUAUGCCCUGCACACGUGCAACAACAAAUAUCUGAACGCCAAUGGAAAACUGCAGGUUGUUUGCAAUGAGGAUUGCCUGUUUAGCGCCGAAUAUCAUGGCGGUCAUCUGGCACUACGCGAUCGUCAGGGUCAAUACUUGUCGCCCAUUGGCUCCAAGGCGGUACUUAAGUCCCGUUCGUCGUCGGUUACGCGUGAUGAGCUUUUCUCCCUGGAGGACUCACUGCCGCAGGCUUCUUUUAUUGCCGGACUUAAUUUGCGAUAUGUGAGCGUUAAGCAGGGCGUCGAUGUAACGGCCAACCAGGAUGAGGUCGGCGAGAAUGAGACGUUCCAGCUGGAGUACGACUGGUCGGCACACCGCUGGGCUCUGCGCACCACCCAAGAUCGCUACUGGUGCCUGUCGGGGGGCGGUGGCAUCCAGGCCACCGGGAAUCGGCGCUGUGCUGAUGCCCUCUUCGAGCUUAUUUGGCACGGUGACGGCUCGCUCUCGUUCCGGGCUAACAACGGAAAGUUUUUGGCUACUAAGCGGUCUGGGCAUCUUUUCGCCACCUCGGAGUCCAUCGAGGAGAUAGCUAAGUUCUAUUUCUACUUAAUAAAUAGACCAAUUCUUGUACUGAAGUGCGAGCAGGGAUUCGUGGGCUAUCGCACGCCCGGCAACCUAAAGCUGGAGUGCAACAAGGCCACCUAUGAGACCAUCCUGGUGGAGCGUGCCCAGAAGGGUCUGGUGCAUUUAAAGGCGCACAGUGGCAAGUACUGGCGCAUAGAGGGCGAAAGCAUUUCGGUGGACGCCGAUGCGCCCAGCGAUGGAUUCUUCCUAGAGCUUCGUGAGCCGACCAGGAUCUGCAUAAGAUCGCAGCAGGGCAAGUAUCUGGGCGCUACCAAGAACGGGGCUUUCAAGCUGCUGGACGAUGGCACCGAUUCGGCCACCCAGUGGGAGUUUUAGGGCGGGCUGCUGCACGCGUCAUCAGUAUCACAAUCACACACUUCCCAUCCAAGCGGGGAUCCACUAAUUAUCGAUCCGCGCAGCUGAAGCGCUGAUAAAAGUCGCACAAGAAUUUGAUAUCCUAAACAGCAAUUGCAAAAUGAACGAAGAAAAGAGAAAACGAAGGUAAAAACGUUGAUAGACCCAAGGAGAUGAGAGUGAAUGAAAAAUGAAGAAAAAAAUUAUAUAUUUAUAUAUAAAGAUCUACGUAUACAUAGAAAGAGAGAUUUUUUUUAAAACAACCUAUUUAGCUUUUUAUACGUUUUAUACGAUGAGAAUAUCUACAAAACAUGAACAACACAUUUUUUAGAGUAGACAACAACAAGACGAAACUUCUGUCGCGAGUCCUUCCGUUUUAUCAAAUAUAUAUAUAUCAGCAACUAGGCCAGCAAAAAUGAUGAAAGACAUAAUGGUUAUACAAGCACAUCAUAUAUACACCUAUAUAUACAUAUUCGAUUCGUAAAGCUUAAAAAAAAAAAAGAAAAAAAGGGAAAUAAGAGCAAGAAAAAACAUAAAUGAAUGAAAAAAAUAAAAAUAAAUCAACACAUAUUCCUAUAAAUUUAUUUAUAUAUUUAUAUAUACAUAUUGAUAUGAACGAUAACACAUGGACACACACAAACAUAUACACACGGUCUUACACGCUCACACAAACACACACACACACACAUUUACCCAUACACGCAACACACACUCAAGCAAGCAAUUUUAAUAUGCAAAACAAAAAGAAAAUGUAGUCUCUAAGCAAACCUUAAAAAAUUAAUCUGUAAUAAAAACGAAAAAAACAAAGUCAAAAAUUAAACAUCAAAUCUCUCCGUACGGCGAUUUUGCAAUGGACUUAACUCCACUAUAUCUAAAAUAUGCAUAUAUUGAAUUAGUUUUUUGUUAUUUAUUUGCGUCAAUUUCUUAAUUAAUUAAUUAGUGAUCUUUUUUUUUUAAUUUGUGCACUUCAAAUCGAAACAAAAAACUCAACCCAAUUUAGUUGCUAAAUCUUAAAAUGGAAAUUUUGUAUGAUACAUAUGAAAUAUAUACAUAUAUACAAGA